AUGGCAGGGAUAAUCGGGACUAUCUCUGCGAUCAUCACUCUCGUCGAGACCUCGAUCAAGAUCUACGACAGUGCUCAGAGGGACGUCAAAUUAUUGAAGACAUUCGAAGUUGUUCGACGCCGGCUUCCCGUUAUUAUCCACACCCUCGUGGCAUGUAAAAGCAACCUCGAAUUGAAAGGAGACUCGAUACCCGAAGAUAGGGAUUUUGAGAAAAUUAUACCCGGCGAAAGCGAUACAAGAGAUCAAAGAUAUUUGAAGAUCCUCCGCAGACUUGGCAAAGGAAACAAAGUCGAGGAGAUUAUGCUUGGCCUCACUGAAGACGUCCAACUCAUUGUCAAUCUUGAUGUGGUUAAGUCUGCUAAUCAGCACCAAAACGCCGAGCUUGAGAAUAUUGUGCAGGAGAUGAAGUCUAUCAUAUCCUUAGCACCGGACGAAGAGGGCAGCGGAAUGAGUUUCGCUAGUGGAGGUGGAGCACAGACAAACAAUAUUAAUCGCGGCAGUGGGCAGCUAAUCAACAACAAUGGGUCUGUUGGAACGCAGCACUUCAACUCCAUCACUCUUAGGGAAAAGGCAGACUUCCGAUUUCGUGGACCUGUCGGUGUCUGUCUCGGCAAAGCUCCUUAUAUCGCUCCAAAACUCUUCGUUGGUCGUGAUGCUGAGCUUGAUGGCGGAAACCUUACACCCUACUCGAGAGCUUCGAAUGCAAAAACGUCUAAGUCGCGUUCUGGAUUUUAUAGCUCGGUAUUUUGGCUGAAUUCAGCGUCCGAGGCCGUUUUGAAAGAUAGCUUUCGAUCGAUCGCCAGGCUUGUGUUCGACUUCCAGGAUCUCCGACUCCUAGAGAGCAAAGAAAUUUUUGAACGUGUACAUCAGUGGCUAUCUGACCCCACAAAUACCGGAUGGUUACUGAUAUUUGAUAACUAUGACGCCCCAAGUCAGUUUGAUAUCAAUGAUUAUUAUCCAGCGGCUUCCCAUGGAGCUAUUAUAGUCACUACUCGGCGGCCAGAUCAUGUUGCAGGAAGUUCUCUUCAUGUGAAACCAUUUCAGGAUAUCAAAGAUAGCCUCGCGAUCCUCCAAACCCGAUCGAACAGAGAGAAUGUUAAAUCAGAUCCUCAUGCAAAAUGUCUUGUGAAGCGACUUGCUGGUCUUCCUCUCGCUUUAGCCACAGCCGGGGCAUACCUUCAACGGAGUCCUUUUAGUAUCGAGCGCUAUCUUCAAGAGUACGAGAAACGUUGGAACAUUGACCCCCGUCGCCCCACCAAGCUCCUCGAGUAUCAAGAUCGCACAUUCUACACAACUUGGAAUUUAUCAUAUGAUCGUCUAAAGACAGAGGAUCUUGACGCGGCGAGACUACUAAAAUUGCUGGCCUACUUCGAUAAUGAGAACCUUUGGCACGAACUAUUCUAUGGGGGCCUCUCCGAUACUUCUCCCGACUGGCUGCACAGAGUAAUAUCAGACGACUUGGAUUUCAAUGGAACAAUGAACAUCCUGACCGAAUACUGCUUUAUAGAAUUCCAGCCAACUUCGGAAUCCUGGAGCAUGCAUAAUUGUGUGCACGACUGGACAUCGGCAGCUCUCAACAAGAAAUUUGAACCAGAACUUUACUGGUAUGUCGUCAAAUGCAUUGACGUGCAUAUUGAUGAUGUUGAUGAGACUUACCUCCAAAGCACUCAAUAUUCUCGCCUGGCUGCGCAUGGGACCCGCAUUGCGCUGGAGCGCUUCCUGCGAGAAGGUGGCAUCGACCGUUCAGCUCCUGAGCAGCUGAGCGCCUUUUCCCGUAUUUCAAUUUUGCUUCAACACCAGAUUGAGCUUGUCCCGGCCGAGCGAAUCCUUCUACAGAUUCUGUCUAGGAAAGAGAAGGAGCUAGGUCCAACCCAAAUAUCAACACUCGAGACCGCACGCCGACUGGGGUUGCUCUAUUCUAAUCGAGGCAAACUACGAGAAGCAGAACAGAUGCUCCUACGUGUGAUAGUUGAACUAGAUAAAGGUUUAGGCUCAGAUCACUCUUCAACGCUAAGGGCUAUCAAUGACCUUGGCGACCUAUAUUUGGAACAAGGGAAACCAGAUGAAGCAGAAAAACUGUAUAUAAGGGCGCUGUCCGAAUGCGAAAAGGUUCUUGGGCCCGGCCACACAUCAACAAUCAGGACUAUCGAUAACCUUGGAAAACUCUAUGCUGUACGAGGCAAGACAAAAGAAGCAAAAGAGAUGUUUAGCCAAGCACUAGCUGGUUACAAAAGAGUACUAGGGCCAGACCAUACGUCAGUACUGCAUACUACCAAUAAGCUUGGGGCUUUAUACCACGAAGAAGGCAAUUUAGACAAGGCGGAGCAGAUGUAUACCCUGGCGCUAUCUGGGUAUGAGAAAUAUCUAGGGCCAAACCACACAUCAAUGCUGGACUCUGUCAAUAACCUUGGAAGAUUAUAUGCCGCCCAAGGAAAACAAGCCGAAGCAAUGCAAAUGUUUUGUCGGGCACUGGAUGGCUACGAAAAUAGACUAGGACCAAGCCAUAUAUCAACGCUGAAAACUGUUCACAACCUUGGGAUCCUGUACCAUAAGCAGGGUAGACUCGAUGAAGCAGAAAUGAUGUUUAUCAGAGCGCUCAAUGGGAAGGAAACAGCAUUGGGACCAGGCAACAGAUUGACCCUCGAUAACUUUGUUGACCUGGCAGAACUAUACAUGGAACAAGGAAAACUACUUGAAGCUGAAAAUCUGGUAUGUCGGGGUAUGUCUGGGCUCGAGAAAAUCUUAUCGCCUAGCCACCCGUCCCUCUCGAAUAGUUUCAAGGAUCUCGCGAAAGUACUCCCUUUUAGCCGCGAGACCAACGACAUCAAGUGA